CAUGCGUUGCACCGCCAAUCGCGCUGCUCGCGUGGAAGGCGGAGCCAAUCGAUACCAAACGACGCGUGUGGGAAUUUCUCCAGCUCGGAACGUAAAUAAACGGAUCUCAUGAAACCAGGCAGUCGCAGUCGAUGUAAGAGUACAUGUGAGUUAACAUACGGCGUUCUGUGACCGGUUGUUAUUGAUCGUACAUCUCGUAUCGAUUGUAAUCGUUAAUAUUCACGUGGGAUUAAAAGAUAUUUCUGGAACAGGAUUAAUAGCAGUGAGGUUCCCAGACUUCACGAAUAUUGUUAGCCAUCUAGGCACUCUACUAGUACCGUGUGUGUGUGAGUGAACUGUGUCUGGCAGGCAUAGAUUUUCUCAUCCUAACAUCUUCCCGGGCAGUGCCAUUCGCAAAUCGAUUUUUGUCCUCGUCAUCUGGCAAAAGUUAGGCUCUAGUGCACGUUGCCAGCACUCAGCAGGCAGUCGGCAGAGAUCAAUCAAUAGGGAGACCGCGAGCAUGAAGGCAGUAGCGACAGAACGGCCGAGGUCUUGCAGCAUUCUCGGGGUUAAGAAAGAUUCCAACUGCAGCAUCAUGAAGACCGCUAGCAUCGAAUUUCGUGGAGAGAAAUUCACUUUGAGUGAUGAGAUGAAGGUAUGUUUUGUCUGUAGCUGUCUGUUUAAUAAAAGCAUAUUAAACAUCCAUUGGCAUGUAGGCCAAUAUAUACUAUUAUUUAUAUUUAGAAUAUAUAAUAUAAUGCGAUCCAAUAUACAAAUAGUUUUAUAAUUAUACGCCUUGCCUAUUAUUACUACUCUACCGUUGAUUAGUUAAGAUCUGACAUUUUUAAGGCCCAGAGACUAGACAUAGUUUUUGUUACAUCCAUUGCAACUCUCAGUGCAUGUGAUUGUCGGAUUGGUGUUGCGUAAUUCAGAUAGCCGCCUGCACAAUAAGCAUGGCAUACUCUAAAAAUAAACCCCAAAGGUCUUUUACCUUUAGACUUGGAGGUGGAGGCCUACAACUAUUUGUAUCAUCAUAUCAGUUACGCCCCACUAUUUCUAUACAAUAUGAUAUAGUAUGUCAUAGUCAUAUGUUGAAAAAAUGCCUACAUCUGCCGUCUUAGACUGAAAGACAGUGACACAGGCUAUAUUGAAAAAUUACUGAAAAAAUGUCUCUGUCCUAUUUCAUGGACUAAAAGGCCUAGGUCCUGUCCUAUUUCAUAGACUAAAAGGCCUAGGCCCUGUCCUAUUUCAUAGACUAAAAGGCCUAGGCCCUAUCCUAUUUCAUAGACUAAUUUUAAGAAUGAUGCCCCUGAAUAUGGACAUCGUGUUGGGUUCCAAAUGCUUAAGAACCUGGCGUAGCUAAUCACCUCCAGUUAUGCUGUUUAUCAGUGUCAUCCUCCAUCCUGUAGAGACGUACAUAAAUGAACUCCAUUUUUUACUCCAUUACUAAUGAGAUUUAAAUUACUUAAGCAAUGGCAUUAAAAAUGAUGUAAACCAGCGCUUCUCAGCCUGUUGGUCGCGACCCCUUUGGGGGUCGAACGACCCUUACACAGGGGUCGCCUAAGACCGUCGGAAAAAAAAAACCCAUACUUAUGAAGUAGCAACGAAAGUAAUUUAAUGGUGGGGGUCACAACUUAAGGAACUGUAUACCUGUAUUUAUACAUGCUAUUAUUGUACAUGAGACAUGGUGUGUGCGAGCCUUCGAGCCACAUCGAUGCUAUUAAUUGUCCCUUUUCUAUUCAAUGUAUGCUGAGGCUGAUUGUAACUUGUAAUGGUUUUUUUUUUAUGACAGGAGUGUUUCCUCAAACUGAGUGACAUGGUACCCGACGUGCCACGGAAUGAGUCUGGCAACAUCGAUGGGACCGUCCUCAUGCAGUACGUCAUUGAUUAUAUCCUCGACCUGGAACUUCAGUUGGACGGUCAAGGUCAUUUUUCACCGGCGGCAGCGUUUUCUGCCUCCUUCCCCUCGAAAUUCGUGUCGGAGACAUCCUCGAGGGAACCCUUAUCGGAAAAAUGUUUAGACAAUAUCGUCUCCACACACUACGAUCUGCAGGUACAGUGUUACCCUCCUUGAUAUAGUCUGUCCAUCUCCUUUUGCAGGAUAUCUCUCACUUUCAGAUAAUUACUUUAAAUAAUUCUUUAAUUUUAAAUUCAAUUUAUUUCUAUUGUAAAAUAAUAUUAUCUACCGUCAUUGUUUUACUUUGUUUGGCAUGGGCCUUUUUUAUUUUUAUGGUAAUCCUUCCAAUCCAUAAUCAUCUGGUCCAUCUUCCUGAGCUUGGCCAUAACCAACUUCCUGAGCUUGGCCAUAACCAACUUCCUGAGCUUGGCCAUAACCAACUUCCUGAGCUUGGCCAUAACCAACUUCCUGAGCUUGGCCAUAACCAACUUCCUGACUUGGCCAUAACCACUUCCUGAGCUUGGCCAUAACCAUCUUCCUGAGCUUUAGCCAUAACCAUCUUCCUGAGCUUUGGCCAUAACCAACUUCCUGAGCUUGGCCAUAACCAACUUCCUGAGCUUGGCCAUAACCAUCUUCCUGAGCUUUGGCCAUAACCAACUUCCUGAGCUUGGCCAUAACCAACUUCCUGAGCUUGGCCAUAACCAACUUCCUGAGCUUGGCCAUAACCAUCUUCCUGAGCUUUGGCCAUAACCAACUUCCUGAGCUUGGCCAUAACCAUCUACCUAAGCCUAGCUUCUGAAUUUCUUGAUCAAUCAGUUUUGCGUGAAAUAAACUUGAACCCCUUUCUGCAGUCGUACCUUCUCUUAAAAUAUGUCAAUUGUCUUAAAAUAAUGUGCACUCCUCAGUAUAUAUUAAUAAACCCCUAACUAUGCAGGUGCUCUUAGCAAGGGCUUGCUGGAAGACCCAGGACAUCAGAUUUGUUUCAUUUUAUUGGCACUUCGAAUCCUGAGGGUUGCAGGAAAUGUUUCAAAAUAAAUGGGGGUGGUACACGGCAAAAAGGUUAAGACCAUGCUAUGUAUCAUCAUUAAUUAUUUGAUUUCUUAUGAGCUGUAGGUGAACAUUAACAGAUAAAUCUGGUUUUAAAUUGAAAGAAAAUGAAAUCCGGCGUAAAUUUAGAUAUGCUUUGAACUUAACACUUCAGAACGGUCCACUUAAAUGCUGGACAGAUGAAAUAUCUUUUAAUCUUGACAUCACUGACAAAGUGUCUCUAUCUGACAUUAUUAUUGACAAAAUGUCUCUUGUUUUUUAUUCUGUAGGUGGCGGCAUCCUCACUAACAGAUGAUUUGCUAUCAGCAACAACAGAUUGUGAAAUUAGACCGCCAUCAAAAUGAAUGCUCAGACUAUCACCUAUAUAUACUCAUGGUAAGUUGACUUAAAAAAAAAUUAUUUAUUUAACCACAUUUUACACUUUCACAUUUCUACACUCUACUCUAUUAUCACAUUUCUACACUCUACUUCAUAUCACAUUUCUACAAGCUACUUCAUAUCACAUUUCUACAAGCUACUUCAUAUCACAUUUCUACAAGCUACUUCAUAUCACAUUUCUACAAGCUACUUCAUGUCACAUUUCUACAAGCUACUUGAUAUCACAUUUCUACAAGCUACUUCAUGUCACAUUUCUACAAGCUACUUCAUAUCACAUUUCUACAAGCUACUUCAUAUCACAUUUCUACAAGCUACUUCAUAUCACAUUUCUACAAGCUACUUCAUAUCACAUUUCUACAAGCUACUUCAUGUCACAUUUCUACACUCUACUUCCUAUCACAUUUCUACACACUAUGAUGGUGAAAGAUCCAUACAAAAAGCUUUUGAACACUAUUGUUAUUAUUGAUAUAAUGAAAACUAGCUUUUUUGCUGUUUCUUGCUAGCUUCCUCCGUAAUCCGUACACAUAAUUUAAAACUUAUUGCACAGGACAUGUUAGUUGGUUUUCACGUUCUAAUUGGACAUACAUUCCCCAUAGCAUGAUUUGUAAUAAAAAUUGUAAUUCUGGAAAUCUUUAUUAAUAGAGAUACUUAUCCUAAAUUUUUCGUAGCAUAUAUCAAUGUGCACCUGGUCCGACUCAUCCAAAAUGUGUCAUAGAAUAUAUCAAUGUGCACCUGGUCGGACUUAUCCUAAAUUUGUCAUAGAAUAUAUCAAUGUGCACCUGGUCCGUCCCCUGUUCUUAAUCUGGCACUCAUUCAACUGUUUGUUUUGGCUGUGUACCUAUGGGCACAGUGUUUUACAUUGUUACUUGACGUGUUUACCAACUAUGAUAGAGCAUAAUUAAUAGCGGCUGUCGCCAUUAGUCAAACAAUGGAGUGAGGUCUAAGUCAACUUGUUACAUAAGUGGGAAUUACACACAAUGUCACGGAGACCUUGUGUACACAGGUCCCCCCCCCCCGGCCCCAAAAUCCAGGUUCGACAGUCACACAUGACACCUGUGCCCUUAUUUACAUAGAUAUACCUUUUAAGCUUCCUAAAAGCCAGGUGUGAAUGAACUCCCCCACCCACCCACCCCCCACACAUCUACGCCCUAUGUAACCUAAGCCUAAGGUAUGACUAACACACAACCUUGUAUUUUAGGGCCCGCUACAGCUUUAAUUAAUGGUUGGGUCGCUACUGUGCCAUAACUUUAAAAGAAUUUAAUUUUAUCAUCACCUUUUAAACAUAAACUUGAUUCGCUUCAUAGUAUAAAUUGACAUGCUGGCAUUAAAAAAAAAAGAAAUACAAUAAAUCAUUAAAUGUGUAAGAUCAACAAAGAGUCCCCAGGAAUUUGUUUAAGGAAACAAUGACCAACAAAUCACCUCCUGCCCCCCACCCAUCCCACCCCUUGUCUCUUUAUGCCCACGGCCUUUCACAGUCCGCCACCUGUCAUCUGUGUUGUUGAAUUUAUUUUCAAUAAUUCUUUUUUGUCGGUUGUGACAAAAGGUUCACACAACACUCGCCCUGGACCUAUCCUCCAUUCUUAGUUUUCACACCUGGUCUUCUUUUCAAAGGCUGGUUUGUUCUACAACAGAACAAAAACAACCUUUUUUUAUUAUUAUUUUUUUAAAUUUUAAAGUUAGUGUUUGUACCAUCUAUUUUGGGAAAAUAUGUUUUGGUGACUAUUCAGUCUAAUAAUUUAGAGACGAUUUUCCCCACCACAGUCCAUCUCCGCAAAUAUGUUUCUAAAUUAUACAAAAGUAGUGCGUAGAAGGCAAAAAAUCCCUGGACGAAAGGCUCGCUAUAGUUCAUGAAUUGAGUGGGCUACAGUCCAGACCCCCACAGCUGCGCUUAGAUUGUGGGAAUGCUUUUCCCUCGCCAGACAGACUGGCGCCAGCUCUCGGCAGGCAAGGCGGGACUUGGCUCGUCUGCUGUUGAACAGGUGUUCUUCUCCGUGCCCCUCCCGCCCUAGAUAUCCCUUUCAUCUCCGCUCCCCAAGUAGGCCUACGCGGCUCCCAGCCCCCUCCUAUUUCACGUGAAAAAAGGCAAACAAGCUGUUCUAUGCUGAUAGUCUUGUGAAAAUAGUCGUACGUUUGAUCACUGUCAGCUGCCUGUGCUAUUCGGACCAACGUCAGCUGGUUACGAUAGGACUAUCACGUUGGAGGGGUAAAAUUGUGUACACUGCGGGGUAAAAUUGUUUACUCUUACAGAUGUUGAUGAAGUACUGUAACUAUCGCAUUGGUGGUGUAAGAUCGUUCACCCUUAGUUCCUGUCAUGAAAUAUUGUGUAAACCAUCUUCAACUCCUUGAUAAAUAAUUUUGAAAUAACAUUUCGAUACAUGUCCGGGUUGCAACCCCCCCCCCCUUUUCCCCCCAAACCGNGGCUGUGCCAUGAUGCAGUCUGCUCCUGGCUGCGAAUGUGAUCACUUUUUUUUGCGAGUAGCUCGUCUAAAAGCAUCACAUCCUGGAGAUGACGGGGUGGGGCGGCACUUGCUGUAAUCAAUUAUCUACAUCGGGGCUAAACCUGUUUCCGGCACAGAAGAGCGGUGCUGCACAAUUGCGCAUGUUUCCAAACUUUUUAAAUUUGUCCCGACACUUGUGACGCACACCCACAGCGGUGCUCGGGUUUCCCUGUUGAAUUCGGGGAAAUUGACGGAGGUGGCUGUUGUCUACCAAUGGCAUCAGCGGGCUGUGAAAACCAUGGGCGUCGCUUAGGGGGCUGGUUUAGGGGUUAGGGAACCAUGCGUUGUUUUGUGACAGUAAAGGGCAAAUAAAUUGUCAAUGCAGUAGCAGGUUAUUAGAAACUAUUUCUAUCAGAAAACACUUUUCCAUUUUCUGAAAACAAAUGGAACAAACUGUUUCCUAACCCAAACGAAUGUAUUUAUAAAGCUGCAUCUGGUCAUGGGAAAUCCCACCCGCCCCCACCCCAAUUUAUAAAGCUGCAUCUGUUCAUGGGAAUUCCCCCCCCCCCCCAGGCAUCAUACACAAGGAUGUUAUCAUUUAUGUGAAAUUGUUAUCCCUGGGCCGAUGUGUCCUCUAAUCAGCGGCAGGUGUGGUCCCCAGUUUUAUUACUCGUGAGCUCGCGCCGCGUUGAAUGUUCCCAACGCCCUUUCCUUAUUUUGGUUAAUCGCCCAAUACUGACAUUACGCCCAUGGGUGUCGUAGUCUAUGUGAGUGUCGUAGUCUAUGUGACGCCCCAUGGGUGUCGUAGUCUAUGUGACGCCCCAUGGGUGUCGUAGUCUAUGUGACGUCCCAUGGGUGUCGUAGUCUAUGUGACGCCCCAUGGGUGUCGUAGUCUAUGUGACGCCCCAUGGGUGUCGUAGUCUAUGUGACGCCUAUCAAAACACGCUCAUUGUUUUUGAACAUACGAUUAAUUAUUUUUGACAGCGUUUCUCACAACACACCCCUCCUCACCCCCACCCCUCUUCACCCCCACCCCUCUUCACCCCCACCCAUCUUCACUCACACCCCUCUUCACUCACACCCUCUUGACCCCACCCCUCUUCACUCACACCCCUCUUCACUCACACCCCUCUUCACUCACACCCCUCUUCACUCAAACCCCUCUUCCCUCAAACCACUCUUCACUCACACCCCUCUUCACUCACACCCCUCUUCACUCACACCCCUCUUCACUCACACCCCUCUUCACUCAAACCCCUCUUCCCUCAAACCCCUCCUCAUUCCAACCGCUAAUAAUCUAAUUUUCAAUCUAAAAGAUGUCAGAUGUUAUUUUAAAUCUAAAAGAUGUCAGAUGUUAUUUUAAAUCUAAAAGAUGUCAGAUGUUAUUUUAAACCUAAAAGAUGUCAGAUGUUCCAUUCAAACACCCAAAAGUGUCUCACAUCAAUGUUCGCAUUUCACAACCUCCGAUAAUUUGUCAGAGACACUAAGAUAUAUCUCAUAUCAAAUGGAUGAAAACAUGUAACGAACAAGUCUCGGGGCCAUUAACAUUUCACUACAUACAGGUGCAGUAGGUUUUGCCAGGUGUUAUAUAAGUGAUCAAUAUUAUUACUUAAUCAGAUCGUUUAUUGGUAAACUACGAUCACUCACCUGCGUGUCACAUCGCCUCGUGUCUUCUGCUUGAGUGUGUAUUUGAAUUCUCUUCCAAAUUUGUUAUUAAAUUGUAAUGUUAAUUUUAAUGUUUUUUUCUUCCUCAGAACCAUGAAAGCAGCUGUGAUCAUUUGUACAUCUAAGCUUACCCCCCUGGAGCCAGGCCUCAGCACCCUGCCCUAGGCCCAGGUAUCACUGAAGGAGUUUAAGGCCUGGUCCUGUAGCUCACCAACAUGGCAGUCAUCUCUACGCAACACACGCCAAACCUCUUUAUCUUAUUUGUGUUAAAAAUCUUUUGACGACCCACCUACCUGGAUAUUCUCACCUGACGUCUGCUAUCGAGGAAUUGUUAAAUGGAGAACUGUGUGUAACGUUUUGGAAAUUCAUCUUUAUGUACAACGAUGGUCCGACAUUUGAUUGGUCAGUUAAAAAGAAAUCUUUUAAUUUGUUUUACAUUCCAUGGCCAUCAAGCAAGAAGAGGCCGAGAUCAGAAGUUAUCAUACAACAAUUUGGUUUCAUAAGACACUAGACUGAUCAGACAACAUUAGUGUGUCGACACUGGACUGACGAGACAACAUAAGUGUGUCAAUGACACCAAUGUCAUUCUAGCAUUUGUCAUUUCAUUGUUGAGUUUGUAGCAUACGUCAGGAAAUGGGAUUUAAGGGCUCCAUUACAUUUCUGAUAUGUAUUGAAAAUUUCAUGUCCCACCCACAACAUCCCGUAUCCCAACCUCAAAAUACCUCAGUUGAAGCCACUGCACCUUGUGUAUGCCAAUUGGGUGCAGGCUAGUGACAACCUUUGGGAUCAGGCUAGUGACAGUCAUUUGGGAGCAGGCUAGUGACGGCUCCAGAAAAAGAUGUACCGAAUAGUUUGUACAAUAUCCCAUGGAGCUUGCUGUACCACUGCAAUCUUUUGCAACAAAGCUAUUUACUCUUUCCUAUUUUCCUAUACAGAAAGUUCUUAAAAUUUAAAUAGCUGUGUAUCACUGAAUGUACCUGUAUCUAUUUUAAUUACUGGUAUCCAAAUUUUUUAUUUUUUUUUGGUUAAAUUAUAAUUCUUUUUAGGUUUAUACAAAUUCUAAAUUCAUAGUUUUAAAAACCAGUUAUUGAAAACAAUCUAAUUUUGAAAAGGCUACUGAGGUGACUUGUAUUAUAUGAACACUCGCUCAGAGGUCAGCUCAGAAUGUGUUGAAAACUAGUGAGUUUUUAUAUUUUGCUUAUCAUUUUGAUAUUGUGAAUAUUUGCCCUUAAAUUACUAACCUGAAAUGCUUAUGAAAGAGAAAGGAAAUCUCAGUACUUAAAAGACCGUUGUACAUAAAGUAGACAUGGAAAUUAAAUUUAUGAACAGAUUAACCCUCAGCUUCCCACCGACACACAGUUCUUGACUUCAAUGUGUACUUCUUCUAUAUCUUAAGGGCCCACGAUCAAUUUAUUGAUCAUUUUGGCUCCUAUGGAUGUGGAUGGGAUUUGCAAUGUUUCUGUUGCUGGUGUUACUAGUCAUUGGGUUAAAAAUUAAAUAUCUUGGUCUUUAUUCCAGUAUAUUUUUACAUUGCUCUUUAAUUUAAAAUUGAAAUUCACAUUUUAUAUUUUUAAAAAUUUUAAAGGAUCAAUUCAUGGAUUUUUUAAAAAUAUCACUACUUAAACUUGUCCAAAAAACUUGAUAAAUUUUCUUGUAUGGCCAUUUUGUGUGACGUGUGUUGUUAGAUUUAUAAUUUAAUCUUUGGAUACCAAAAACAACUCCAUAUUUUAUUUCAUGGGGACUUACUCCCAAAUACAUGUGGGAUUUGGAAGGGGGGGGGGGGGGGUUGGGCCAGAAAAUUAUCCUGACAAUGACCAAAUACAUUACAGGGAAAGUGAAGCAUCUUAACAUGUACUUAAAAUAACACAUUGAUAAUUAUUUGAACAGAACGCGCCAUUGUGUGUUCCAAGUCUGGUCUGUUGGUCUGUGAUCUUACCACCAUGAACUGGAAUACAAAUGUUGUGUUGGGAGUGCUGUGUGUGUGUUCAUGUGCAUCAUUUGUGUGUGUGUGUAUAUAUAUAUAUAUAUUAUAUUAUAUAUGCUGUGCACAUGUUAAACAUUAAUAUCAAAUUAUGUUAUACAAAUAAAUAUCUUUUGACUGUGGUACAGAGUAUUGGCCAUCAGAGUGGACUGGAUAAGAAACUAUUGUCCUACAAGAUGUGACAGUUUUAGUAGAGUGACAGGCAGGACAUGUGAUGAUUAGUAGAGUGACAGGCAAGACAUUUUAUGAUUGGUAGAGUGACAGGCAGUAAUGUUCACUGUCACAAAGAAAGACUGACAAACUUACUUGUAAAAUUGUUAGACGUUUAGCUCACAUUUUUACCAUAAAUGUCUCCAAUCCAGUGUCUGUUAUAUGUGGUCCAGUGUCUGUUAUAUGUGGUCCAAUGUCUGUUAUAUGUGGUCCAAUAUCUGUUAUAUGUAUAUACUGAGUUUGAAUGGAUUAUAGAUUAAUUCUUGUUUUUUUUUUUUUACAUUUGUUUUGUAUAAUUUAUGAAGAUGUGACAUUUUGAUGGAUUACUUAUUUUAAAGAUUUUGUUAUAAUAAAAAUUGAACUUUGUAAAC